AUGUAACUGGGUAGAUUAAGUUUUCAGGUUGUGGAAAAGAUAUAAAAUUAUGGAGCUUUAAUAAUUGAGAAUUAAAGGAAAAAUAUAAAUUCUUAUUUCAUAAGUCAACAUUAAGUUGUUUAUUAUUUAUUUAGUAAAUAAUCUGAUAAUAUAUUUCUGAAUAGUAUGAUAGGACAAUUAGAAUUUCGAAAAAAUUUAAAGGGUAAUAAUGGAGAAGCCUAUCAUCAAAUGAUGAUAAUAAUAGUAUAUUUUGUUUAAUACUUUCAAAAAUUCUAAUAUCUGGCAGUUAAGAUCAUUUAAUAAAUUUAAGGGAUAUGGAUUUUGAAUUUAAUUGUUUAAAUUUAUGUUAUCCUUUAAUUAAACAUACAGAUUAUGUUUCUAGUUUAUUAUUAAAUGAAUCUGAGACAUUUUAGUUUCAUGUUGAAAUGA